AUAAAUUAUAUACUCCACUUUAACGAACCAAAUUUUGAAAAUUAAAAGAUAUGAAAAAAAAUUUGGCCUUAAAAUAUUGGAACCAAGAUGGCGUAAUUCGGUUCCUUUUCCUCCCCCUUAAGUUCCAAUUUCUGAUCUAAACCGUGAGAAAAAUUUGACCACAGUCAACUUCCGCUGCAAGAGAUUCAUAAAGCACGUUGAAAUGUGGCGUUUUAAAGUGAUUUUUAGUUUUAUUUAGACAGACAUGGAGUUUCCGAAGAGGCUGCACUGCGGCGUCUUGCUGCUGUUCGCGUCCCUCCUGGCGGGUAGCAGCAGCGGCACCCACGAGUGCGCGCGCGAGUGCGUGGAAGGAGCUCCGCCCAUGAACUGCCGCUACACCUUCGCCGUGGAGUGGUACGUGACCAUGAGCAAGGCCUGCUACGACUGCCGCACCAACGUCAGCGACUGCUUCCGGCCCGACUGCGUGCCGGCCGACGGAUACAGCCGCCCCGUGGUCGUCGUCAACCGCCAGAUGCCUGGCCCCACCAUCGAGGUGUGCCAGGGCGACUACGUGGUCGUGGAUGUGGAGAACCACAUGAUGGAGGAGAGCACCACGAUUCACUGGCAUGGGCAUCACCAGCGAGGCACGCCCUACAUGGACGGCGUGCCCUACGUCACCCAGUGCCCAAUCCCGCCCAAGUCCGCCUUCCGCUACCAGUACUACGCCACCACAAGCGGCACACACUUCUGGCACUCGCACUCCGGCUGCCAGAGGGCGGACGGCGCGUUCGGCGGCUUCGUGGUGCGCGUGCCCAAGUCGUGGGACCCGCACACCGCCCUCUACGACCGCGACCUGCCGGAGCACCUGGUGCAGAUACUGGACUGGGUGCCUGAGAUGGGAGUGCACAAGUUCGUCGACCACCACCACGGCCUCGCCGAUAACAAGCCGCGCAACAUCCUCGUCAACGGCCUGGGCAGGAACGUGUCGCUGCCGGCCGUGCUGGAGGACCCGUGGGGCGUGGACGACACCAGCCAGCCCACCGCCACCUUCGUCGUCCAGCAGGGUUUACGUUACCGAUUUCGACUGAUCAACGCAGGGUUUCUGAACGUGCCCAUCCAGAUGUCUGUGGACAAUCACACCAUGACUGUCAUCAGCAGUGACGGUUUUGACAUCGAGCCGAUUCAAGUGGACUCGCUGGUGAGCUACGCGGGCGAGCGGUUCGACGUGGUGCUGACGGCCAACCAGAGCGUGGGCAGCUACUGGGUGCGCUUCCGCGGCCUCAUGGACGGCGACGAGCGCUUCACGAGCGUGCACCAGGUGGCGAUCCUGCGCUACGAGGGCGCCCCUCUGGAGGACCCGCCCGGCGACGUGGGCUACGACGAGGCGCGCCGUGACGGUCUGGUGAUGAACGAACUGAACGUGGGCACCGAGGGCAGUGAUGGAACCGUCUCCAUGCCCGAGCUGACCUCCCUCCAGCCGGACGACGAGAGCCUCAAGCCCGAGGCAGACUUCACCUUCUACCUCGCCUACGACUUCUACCCCGUCGACAACCCGCACUUCUUCCACGCGCCCUACUACGGCUUCGGUGACGCGGGCAGCCAUGUGUACACGCCCCAGUUCAACCACAUCUCCAUGAAGCUCCCUCCGUUCCCGCUGUUGUCCCAGCGCGACCUCCUGGCGCCCGACAUGUUCUGCAACUCGUCCACCGUCGGCAACUGCACCGCCGAGUUCUGCGAGUGCCUGCAUGUGCUGGCCGUGCCGCUGGGCGCCGUCGUCGAGCUCAUCUUCGUCGACGAGGGGGUGCCGUACGAUGCCAACCACCCGUUCCACCUGCACGGGCAUGCGUUCCGCGUGGUGGCCAUGGAGCGUCUCGGUAACACCACCACAGUGGACGAGGUGAAGGCACUGGACGCGGCGGGGCUGCUACGCCGCAACCUGCACCGGGCUCCGUACAAGGACACCGUCACCGUGCCCGACGGCGGCUACACGGUCGUGCGCCUGCACGCCUCCAACCCAGGUUACUGGCUGCUGCACUGCCACAUCGAGUUCCACGUGGAGAUCGGCAUGGCGGUGGUGCUGAAGGUCGGCGAGGACUCGCAGAUGGCGCCCGUGCCGCGGGGGUUCCCGCGCUGCGACAGCUGGCUUCCGGACCGCGAGGAUCUGGACGACAUGCCGACGAGUCCCGCGUUCAACUACUCGGAGGGCCGCGACGGAGACGAGGGGCCGUCCAUCGUGUCGCUGACCCACUGGCUGCCGGCGAUCGUCGGUUCGCCCGCCGCGGGCACGGCGUCAUCCGGUCGACCGCAGCUCGGCCUGCUGUGCGCGACGGCGCUGGCCUGGCUGCUGCGGUGACCAGCGUGGUCGACUUGAGAAGCAAUCGAUGAUCGACUAUUACUGACAAGUGCCUAAAAUUUUACUUAAAAAAAAAACACUCCUUUUAUGUUUAACAUCUCAUCUCUCGAUAUACGACAUUUGGUGGGAAUAAAUUCGUGAACGCGACGGAAGUCAAGGAACAUGGAAAGUGUAACAACCACGGUGCCAUCAUCUGUAGCGGAUGGCGCGAACUAAAGUUCAUAAAGCCAAAGAGAAACUUUAUAGAAUUAACUUUUCAACGAAUUUUAACAAUACAAGAACUGUUUUAAUACAAUUUCUUUGUCAAAAAUCAUGUUCAAACUCGGGGUUAAUUUUUUAAAGUCUUUUUAGAAUUAAUUGGAGCUGUUUCAUUAUAUAGUUGAAAAUUUCUGUCUGAAAACCGAAUUAUUCGAUAGUCGACGCAGCUGCUCUGGCAGCGAAUUCUAGCGGUAGGUGCUGAAACUAUGUGCGAUUUGCGUCCAGAAAUGUAAGUGAAAACACAAUUUGCGUUUAUUUACCAUGCUCGGCAUUAUUUUAAAGAAAUACUAGUUAAAUGUCGUGUCAGAGCCCCGAGUUUUAUAUUACAAGUUUAUUUGCAACAUGAAAACAAACGAAUUUGGACUUUACCGAGGUUAGAUGUUACACAUCAGCUCUAUCGAGUACUGAAAGACUUGCUUACAUUUUCUUUUCUUUUUUUUUCCACUUUGAACUUACGAUUUUGAACAUAUCACUUUUGUCCUCGGGGGAGCUUACGGCCGUGUUCUGGGUCUACAAGAUUCAGUGCGCAAAGGGUUACCCUGGUUUUCGCGUUAAAUACCUCGUCGCCCCUUUGUACAAAGAGCUGAGCUGGCGCUCAGUGCUUUCCCUUGUUGACUCGCCCCCUACAAGGGACGACUUUUAGCAGUGACCCCAUCAUUUCCACGGUGUGGUGAUAAAAAUGAAAGUGCAGUCCAAACCCUCGAGUUGCUUUCAAUAUUCCAUAACCGAGAAAAUUUUACCGCACUUGAUGGCUAUCGUGAAAAUAAAUUGUUUGAAACAUUUUCCCUCUUCUUAAAAUACGAGUUAGGGACGAUAUGUGGAAACAAUUCUAUCAUCCUGACUGGCAUCUCAGGGAUCUUGAGGAGUUUAUUAGAUGGAGUUACGCCGGCAUGUGAAGGGCGCAGGUCUACUAGAGUACCAAAUGGCGAUAUUUUUUACAGUGUAUAACGUGGCAGUUGUAUCGGCGGUUCGAGAGACAACGCUGGAGAGUAAUGUGCUAAGGACGAAAGUCAAGUCAACCUCGUCAAACAAGCGAACAGUCCACAUUGUUUUUAGCACGUCUAGGUGUUCGUGACUAAAAGAAUGUUUGGUUAGGUGAGAGUUAGGGACAUUUAAAAUAGGUACUCUAAAAUAGUACCUAAUGAAAUAUCUUAAAAAUUGUGUGUGUUUUUUUUUAAUUCCGGCCAAGAAGUUGCACGAGCUAGGGCAAACAUCGGAUAUGUUCGGAACAGUGCGGACAUCAGACUCCAUUUCCAGUGAAUCUAAGUCUUUCCCACGAGCUUGAAGUAAGAUACGGACUGGGUCUCAGAUGCCAGCGAGUGUAUGGAGGGACCACAUGAGAAUCGUUACGAAAAAUGAACAUAUCGUCAAGAUUCUACAAUCGUUAGUUAAUGUUACGACAUAGUAAAAUUAAGUUUACUUGUUUAUUAGGAAAAACUACAAAUAGAAACACCAAUUUAUUUUCUCCAGCGGCUGUUUGAAAUUAAUAUAUUUUCAAAAUAAUUUGAGAUGUAAAUAUAAUAAUUCCGUCACAAACUACUAAAGAUCAAGUUAAGAAUAACAACUCAUGACUGUCAUGAGGGCAGUGCAAUUAUUGGUCAAGUACUUUCAGAGAACCUGUUAAAUUUAAACUAUCCAGAGAUUUAUAUUUUUGUAUGAUGUAAAGAAUUCGGCGUUGUAGUCGCAGUUUGUAAACAUCCAAUAAAUAUACAUAUAUACAUAUAUAUGUACCAUAACUACUAACAAAAAUAAUUUACGAAUUGAAUUAAUACAUACAUUGUGAAUAUGUUUGUGUACAAAAGGAAACAAAAGUGAUAGGUCAGUGGCAUUAUUUGGCCAAAUUGGUGUUAAGUAAUGAGAUGACAUGCCUAUCAUAGUAUUGUACAGUAACUAUUAAAGUAGACUGUACCUGCAAUCUGUGAUAUUAGAUUAAGUAUAAACACUGUGUAUUAUAAAUAAAAAUAUGCCUAGUUCUAGCUCCUAAUUAAAGCCUAUUUUAUAGAUAUUGUACUUAAGCUUACAUUCGUUGUAUUAAAGCCAUAUUUGUAAAUUAUACAUUUGGUAAGAUGUUUGUAUCUUUGCAUAAAUACAAUAAUGAAUAUUACGAGAGAUACUUUGUAUUAAACUGAUUCUGUUAUAUUUCCUUCCCAAUACUUCUACUUGCAAGUGCUGGUCCUCACUUUCAUAGUUGAUGUAUCAUAAGUUAAAAUAAAAGUAUUUUGUAAAAACUUAAA